AUGGAACAUUCAGUUCAGCCAUCUGAAAGCACAGAUGUAGGUCUGCAAACUGAUGAUGAGAACCAAGAUACUGCAAUUCAUGAUCUUGGUGAAGACAUGAUUUCCUCUGUACCAACUGUAAGAGAUGAGGCAGCCUUUCAGGAACAAGUCCAGUACUUCAGUGUUCAGAGUGAAGGGGUACAAAGCAUGGACGAGCAACUGCACACUGACAAUGACGAAAGUCAAAAUAUGCAAGAGGAUUUACUUACCCGUCAAGACAUGGUCAGCACAGGUGAUGAACCACCUGAUUCAGAUGUGUCAGCUGAAAAGCAACAUAAACAAGAGUCUGAACUUACACCACCAGAUGAUGGUAUAGAUCCAGCUCUAACAAAGCAGCAAUAUAUUGGGGAUCAGACUGCUUCAGAGCUCAUUGCUGAUAUACCAGAAACAGAGCAAGUGCCAGAGACAAUGAAUGAAGACCAUAUACAAAUCAUAAAAGAUACAAAGGCAGAAGAGAUUACAGUUGCAAAAGAGGGAAGAGGAGGAGCCAUCUACAGAAAAAGAUAUAUUUGAAAAGAAAAUAUCUUCAGAUAUAACCAGUCCAACAGCAACAGUUAAAGUAAUGUUAGUUCCUGUUGGUCAAGUCAUUACUAUUGCAUUUUCCAUUGGAAAGUCUGUGGGAAACCUUAAAAAUGACUUUGCAUCUCAGAUGAAAAUACCAGAAACAGUCAUACGGAUUAUGUUUGAAGGCCAGGCAGUAGAGGACCAUGAGACUUUAGUAGAUCUUGGCAUCACACCUAAUGGAACUAUCCAGCUGGAAAUGCAGUCAAUGGAUCCUGAAAACUAUCCUGUCAAAGCUAUGAAAUUUCAACAUGAAUAUAGCAUGCCAGAUGUGAUAACUGUCAGGGUACAAACAGGAGAAGAUAUAUAUCAGGACAUAGCAGUGGAAAUUGAAAGAUUAAACUACCGCAAACCGUAUCUGGGUGGAUAUCGACACAAGGUAACAGGAAUGGUGUACCACCAUGCUGGAACACAAACUGUGCCAAAAAAAAGACCAGACAAAGGAGUUGAAGUAUUCUGUAGAGACACCCAGACUGUGUUUCAAAAGAACAAGACUCAGCAGUCAAGGAAUACGAUGUCUACACAAAUGACAAAAAUAGGUUACUAUGUAUCAAACAUAACUGACAAACUCUUACAGCCCUCAAAAUAUGUUCCAGCAGAUGAGUAUCAUUCCAGAAGACUGAAAGCAGUGAUAGUAAUACAGACAUACUUUCGAAGAUUUCAUGCCAAAAAAGUGGUAGAGCAGCUUAGAGAGGAUAAAUUGCUGAGACUGCAAUGGGAAGAAAGGGAGGAAUUGAGAAAGAAGGAAGAGAAAGAAGAAAGACUGAGAAAAGACUAUGAACGCAGAAUGAAUCCAAAGACUAAGGAAGAUUUUGAGUUACUCUACCAUGCUCUUGAGUUAUGGAGAAAGGAAGAAGUGGAGCGUAUUAACCAACAAUAUACCGGUGCUGAAAGGAAAGCGGCUCUCUGUGCACUACUGGAACAGGAGACCCAGCUGAUCUCUUCUAUUGGCAGACACAAAAUAGAUGCUGGAGAGGAGACCCAGAAUAAAGCUAUACAGUCUCUCCUAAACAAGUGUUGUGAACCCAAAAAAUGGAAAGCGUUUGAUGGAAAAGUUACAGAGAUGGAUACCCAGUUUUACAAUCCGUGCCAGAGAGCUACGUGACAUAUAUAACAGCAUUAACACCCAAUACUUCAAUCGUGAUGAAAGGAUUGAUGCACUCUUGACGCUUAAGCAUACCGUCAAGGAACACAAUUGCAAGUUAACCCAAGAAAUUGUAGAGCUAAUUGACAGAGAGGCUGACCUUUUAUUUCGUGGUGUACAAGAGCACAACUUGGAAGGACUUCGGAAGAGAAUAUCGACACUUUUCCUACAGUACAUUAAAAUUCCCACAUUUAACCCAGAAGUUGCCAGAUUACUCAAGGUUCCUCAAGAUCCCGCUGUUCUUCGCAAAAAUAUAUAUUUCUGUAAUAGCUGCAAAAGCUACCUACCAUCAACUGAGUUUUCUCUAUCUGCCAAUGCUCACAGUAUUGGCAGGUGUAGAAAAUGUUCAAAACUAGACAAUGAAGCUCGACAAAGAGAAGAAUUUUCAAAAUAUAGACUUUUACUGAAACAACUGAAAAAAUCAGAAAUAAACUAUGGUGAUGAUGCUAAAAUAGCAUUUGUGCUCCAGCAAGAAGACCUCCAAUAUCUGGUUGAGAAUAUCUGGGCAGCCCAGUCUGUUCUCAGUGCCUGUGAUGACCUUUAUGAUCUGGUCAUGGUUAGGUGGGACAAAUACUAUGAGUGGUCUCCAUGGAACUGUAUCCUUUUAACAAAAGAUGAAGCAGCUGCCCAUUUAAAACUUGGCAAUGCUGAACAGGCUUAUGGCAUUGUUUUUAUUCGGAAGAUCAAGCACAGACAUACUCUUGCCAAGAACUAUUUUUCACAGAUUCCAGAGAUGGCACCAUUUCUUCAUGGG